AUGGCUACUUUCAAACAAAAUUUAUACAUUAACCGUAAAGAAGGGAUACGCGAUAUUUUCAACAAAGAUAAUGAAGAGAUAAUGUAUAUUCCUGAUGGGUUAGGUCCAUAUGUCAUUGGUGCUCGGGGAAGUAAUAUUAAGCGCAUUAAAGAAUUAUCAGGAGCAAAGAUUCAUGUUGACCUGGGUUCGCCUCGUCCAUCAGCAAAAAUUUAUGGUACAUCUUUACAACGUGAUCGCGCAAAAACUCUUAUAAACGAAUCAAUUGCUAGAACUUCAGUAAACCCUACAAUUGGAUUCACUUUAUUGGAAUUAAAUGAUAUUGAAAAUGUCAAAGAUGCAAAAUAUCGAUUUCUUAAAUUUGUCGAAAAUGAUGGCAACAAAGAUAAAUAUGUAGAUGAUAGAUAUGUAAAUAUACCAAAAUAUUUUGUUGAAAGAAUUAAAGAUACUGGAAAAAAAACCAUUUUAAGGACUAGAAAUGCUGAAUCCAUACAAAGUGCAAUUGACAAUUUGGCUGAUCAACUUAGUAAUGAUCUCAUAUUACAGCAACCUUUAUUGGAAUCUGGUGGUUUUGGUACUUCUGAUAAAUUUGAUGAAUGCCUUGGAAAAGUAUCUGAACUUCUAAAAGAAUUUAAUGAUCCUUUCGAUUCAAAUGAGGAUUCAAAUCUCGAAUGUAACCAAAUUCAAUUUCAUAUAUUCUUUGGACGUCAAACUUUUACUAAAAUUAAAUCAGAUAUGAUUUUUGAUGUGAAAGAUUGGUGUAAAUUUACUAGACGUGCUACAAAUGGUAUAAAUGGUAUUGGCACUUCAUUUACACACCAUAUGCUUCAAAUUUGGAAUAAUAUUGAUGUGAUUCGUGAGAAAUUUGGUUUAAAAUCAGAUUUAAGAGAGGAUAAACGUAGUAUUAGUAUACUUUAUAUGCAUAAUGGUCAAAGAAGAAAGAUGAAAUUGCAUUGGUGUAAAGAAGAAAAAUUAUGGAAAGCAAUGAAAGCUGCGGCCGAUAUUAGACGUUAUGCGAUCAUUGAUUUAAUAUCAGGAACAGAAGAUUCAGAUUUAAGAUUUAUGAUAAAGACACAACGUAACGUAUUUGUUGACCAAAAAUUGAAACAAAUUAUAAGAGAAAUUCAAGCAGAAAGACUUAUUCCGGGAGAACAAGGAAUGUGGUUUAGACUAAAUGAUUUUGAUGGGAAAUUGGAUUGUAUUGGAGUAAGGCAGAAAAUUCGUAAGAAAUGUUAUAGAAAUCAUGAAUUCAAGAUCACAAUAGCUACAACUCAACAAGAAAUAAAAGGUCAAAAUAAUGAUCAAAUAACUUUUGAAGAUAAUAUUUCUUUGAAAAAUAUUUACUGGCAAAGAGAUAAUCAGGAAAUGCAUAAAUCACCAAAGAUGAUAUUUGAUGAGGAAGUGGGAUUUCGAUCAAUUCAUGAUACCAUCAAAUUUGCUCGGGAAUAUUAUGAGAAUUACUGUACACGUCACAUGUUAUUAAUAGAUGAUUUUUCGCACAAGGAGACUUUAUAUUAUUAUGGCUCACCUCGAGUUUAUAAUACUAGGAAACGGGAUCCGGAGCCAGCGAUUCCAAAAGAAAAAAAGCGACGAACAAGUUUAAUAGUUGUUGUACCACAAAAAGCAUGGUGGUCUUCUGUUGGAGUGAUUAAAUAUAUAAUUGCUAAAUUAUCAGCAAUUCCAUUACAAUUUUUCAUUUCAGGAAUAGCAAAUUAUGUUGAUGUACAUAUUACAAGUGUUAAUAUUUUAGUUGAAGAUUUAGGUCAAUUUGAUAUAAAAGGAAUUUCUCUGGGAAUGGUUUUUUAUGUAGAAAAUACCAAAAUAUCAUUACCUAAUCAAUGUCAAAGGCAAAGGCAAAGAUUGUCUCGUCAAAAUUCUCAAGAACAUUCAAUUAGAAAUGGUCGUCAUGUAUUUUCUAAUAAAGUUCUUGGCAUAGAUUCAAUCAUUCAUUUAGUUAAUUCUAUACAAAAAUCUAUGCCAAAGAAAAAAUCAAAAAAUGAAAUUUAUAAUAAUAUUAAUAAUAAUAUUAGUGAUACAUGUACAAUGAAAACAUCACUCAAAAGAAAAAAGACUCCUCUGGAAUAUUUGAAAAUGUUUAUUAUUGAUUUUCAGAGUAUUAAUAUCGAAUAUAACUUUAUGAAUUUGGAAAUGAAUCAUUCUGAUUCUGAGAAUUUCCAUUCUUUAUCAUCACAUAGUUCUAGAUUUUCAAUUCUAGCAAUUUCAAUAUCAUUAGAAAGAAUAAUAAAUGAAAAUGUUUUUAUUCCAAUAAUACCCAAAAUCAAAUCCAUCAUAUUUGAAGAAACUGUGUUUCCUCUUGAUUUAAAAUUAUUUCUUAUGAUAGAUAGCAUUUAUUGUGAUAUAACUGAUAAAAAAGGAACAAUCAAACCUUUAGAAGUUGAUAAAAUAGUAGGUGAAAUUAAUUUCUCAAAACCGAUUAUUCGAACUGAAGAAUAUAAUCCAAAUUCUUUAUCUAUAAUUGGUAAAUUGGAUAUAGUUUCUCCUGAAGUAAUUAUUUUUCUUGAUCACCUUGACACUAUUGACAAAAUUCUUAAUAAUUUUACCAAGAAUCAAAAGUUAAGAGAUAUUCCAAAAUUAAUAAUUACUAUCUCUGUUAUAAAUCCACGAAUAAAAUUAACAGGAAUUUCACCUAAAGAAAAUUUAAAUUUAUCACAAAUUACUUUUGGAUUUCAAGAUAUUUUAUUUGACAUGAAUGGGGAUUAUACAGAAUUAAAUGAUUUACCUGAAGCAAAACUAAAACGUGAAACUUCUAGAAGAUAUAGUAAAGGAUGGGCACCUCCUGAAUUUUCACUUGUAUAUAAUUUAGUCGCAAGUUUAAGAACCAGAAGAAUGAGAAUAUGUACUUUAGAAUCUGAUUUUUUAUAUAAUCAUUCAUGGGAAAUUAAUUUCGCUUCAUCAACAUUAGGAAUAAUUUCUUGUUAUUUAAAUAAGGAAGAAUUGAUCUCAUUUGCCGCUUUCUUAGAAAUGGAAACAAUUCAAAUGGAUUUUAAUUGGUUAUUUGAUGGUUUCGAAAUUCAAAUUUGUGAGAAAAAUACUUUUACAAUAAUUCAAAGACUUAUCAAUGAAAUUUCAAAAAGGAAUCAAAAAGCAUUAUUAGUUCAUAUUUCAUUUAAUUCAAUAAAUAUUAAAAUAGCAGAAAUUGAUUCAUAUGUAAAUAAAUCAACUUCAAGAGGUGUUGAUAUAAAAUUUCAAGGAAUUGCUAUUGACUAUAGAGGUUCUAGAGCUUCAAUUGAUCCUACUCAAUACUGUAAUGACAGAAUAACACUUGGACUUUCAAUUCAUGAAAAUAAUGAUUUUCCAUUUGAAAGUGGAGGAAUAUUUAGGGGAUUUGUAAAAGAUUUUAAAGUGACACCGAUAUUAGCUCUUUGGGAUUUGGAAUUACUUAAAAACACAAUUCCCUUAUUACAUAUUCCUGAAAUAAAAAUUAGGAGCGAUUUAAAUGUAGAAUAUAAAAAGGAUGAUUAUGAUUUUGUAUUAAAAUCUAAUGUCAAAAUUCAUGAGUCUUCUGAUCAUUCAUUAUCGUUAAAGGCAAACCUUUUGAUUGAUCAUAUAAACUUUUCAGUAGAACUCCCAGAGAAUAUAAAAUUGUUUACAAGAAUGAAUAUAGUUAAAUAUAGAUUCUCCUCUUCAGAUGAUCACAUUUUUAUCGUGAAAAGGAUACAAAUUUUUGGAACAAGUCCUGUUGAAAAAGAAUUAUGGGAUGAAUUAAUAAAUGUGGAACAUAUAAAAAUCUGUUUGAUGGAUGAUGAUACCAAAUGUGUUCCUGUGACAAAUAAAAUGAUCCGGAUUCAAGCAGAUGCAAUUCAUGUCCGAAUUCCUUAUAAAUACGUUCUUGCUGAUGUUACUGAUAAUGCUGCCAAUUUGGUUAAAGCUGUAAAAUAUUUACAACAACGAGUUUUAAAUCCUGAUCAAUUAUACACAUUGGAACCAGAAGAAGAAGGUCCUAAAAUGUUGCCUACAAUUCAAUUAAAGGUCAAUAUAGUAACUUUUCGUAUGGAAGAUGAUCCAUUCGAGGGAAAACUUUCUUCAAUACGGAAAUUUGGUUGCCUUGAACAACAAGCAAGAUUAGAAAGAGAAGAUGCAUUUGAAGCUAAAGUUGAAUCUAUUAAGUCUCAGGAAUAUACUCAUUCUACAAAGAGUGAAGAAAGUUUGUCCACAGUUGAUAGUGAUAUUUCUUCAUCAGCCAAAAAUGAGGAAGUACACAUAUCAGAUUUAAAGGAAGAAAUAUCUGAUUCUCAUUCUUAUUCUAAGAAAUCAAGUUUCAAUAAUUUCCGCGCUCAACCGUCUUCUAAAGCGAAUAUUUCUGUAGACAAAGCACGAGCUGCAUUGGAUUUAUAUAAUUCAAGAAAUUGGAUUAAAUAUGUAAAAACUGCAUAUAAAUCAACAAAACCAAAAUUACAGCAUGAUGAAUCUAGAAUAUCUUUACCUAUUUCAGUGACAGUUCCUUCACAACAUCCUGCUUUAUUCAGAGUGACUAUUGAGAAAUUCAUAUUGACAUUGUCAACUCCUUUGUUUCCUAUAGAAGAACUACCUCAAUAUUUAAAUAAAAUAGGUAAAGAUUUGCCUUUAGAUACAAAAUUUACUCUUUUGAUACCAAUGCAUUUGAAUUGCAAUUUCAAGGAGGCUUGGACAGAAAUUCGCGAUUAUCCGUUACCAUUAGUUCAUAUUCCUUCUACAGAUACAUAUAAUGGUAAAAGGCCAUACUCUUGUAGUAUAGGAGGAAAUUUGGUAAUUGGAGAAGAAUUACAAGGAUUAGAGUCAGUAAGAAAAGUAGUUGUUAAAAUUAUUUCACCUCAUGAUGUCAAAGGUGAUGAUAUUGCUUAUGACAUUAUCGUCCCGAGAACAGUCUCUCCCGUUAAAAUAUACUCUGAUCUUCAUAUAAAGGUAAAUACUUCAAGACCAACAGUUAUUGCAUGGAGUAUUUCAAUGCAAUCUGCACUUCAAGACGUGGCAAAGGUUGCAGAUAGUUUUACUAAACCAAAUCCUGAUCCAUCAGAGAGUAUAGGUUUUUGGGACAAAAUGAGACUUAUGAUGCAUAUUCAAAUUCUUAUGGAUUUCAUAGGUACAGGGGAUGUCCAAUUUUUCUCAAAAGGUACGCGUGAUCCAUAUCUUAUAACUGGACAAGGGGCUGGAUUUGCUCUAUGUUGGAGUAAAAAUGUCAAGAUAAAACUGGGUUAUGCUAAUGAUCAGAAUGAAGUUUUGCAAGUGGAUAGUGAGGAAUUCACUCUUGCUAUUCCAAAUUUAUCCGUUAUCCUAGCCGACGGAAGUUUGUCUCCAGAUAAUGCAAGAUUGAAAUCAAAAGAAGUGAACUUUGAUAGUCAUAUAGGUUCUGAAACAAGUACAAUUAAAACACAGAGUUCAAUAAAUUCAACAAAUGUAACAAAUACAACAAGUACAACAAAUACAUUAUAUUAUGAAGAUCAAAAUUGUCGAUUCCUUAAAAGAAUUAUGAAACUUUGUGGUGGUGUUAGAUACGGAAUGGGUUGUCAUUUUAAUAGAAGUUGUCGUCAGAAUCCGGGAAGGUGCAAUAAAUGUGAUGGAGAAGGAAAAUGUCGGUAUAAAAACUUUAUCCCACAUUUUCAAAUUAUCACUAGAAUGCCCGAAUAUGCUGUAGCACCUGAAGGAGAGGUAUAUGAUUCAUUUAAAAAUUUUCGAUCAGACGUUAUACAUCUUUUUAUCAGUGUCACUUGUCCUCUUGAAAGUAAUGAAUCUGACGAUGUUGUAAAAGAGAAAACAAUGCAAAAUUCCAUACAAUUUAGUCCUAAAGCACUGCAUCACGGUCUUUCCUGGGGAUCACUCUUUGAUCCAGCAAUGUCAAUACCAAUUCGUCAAGGUGAUUUGUUUCCUUCUCUUGAACUUCCUUCGCCUAAACUAGGAAAGUUUUUACAAUCAAUUAAGGUCAAAAUUUGUGUAGGAAAUUUAUUUCUUAGUCAUUUUUAUAGAGAAAAUUCUUUCUAUGAUCCUCUGGGUGAUAGAACAGAUAUAGUUGGAAUUAAGGCUAAAAUAGGACGAUUCAAGCACGAUUUACAUCUUCGUAUGCAAGAAAAUAUAAUAAUUUUGGAUGGCAAGGAAUUGAAGAGUCGCGGUAUUACAUUACAUGAGGCCGAAAUAGAUUUAAACAAUUUAGAUGUUCGUGGAAUUGCUGUUCGAUACAAAGAUGAAAAUGGAUCUUCACCUUUUGCUGAUGAAGAUGAUGAAAUUCUUCAACGAAAAUUUCAAUUAGGUAAAGAUGAAGAUUUCUUGACGAUGAACGUCGAAGAUGAGCCGUGGAUUGAUGAAGAAGAUUAUGUAGAAUUAGAUUUAGAGUUACCUAAAGUUGAACCUGGUGUUAGGGUUUUACCUUUUUUAAGAAGUCCUCAAAUGAAUUAUUAUAAACGUCCCGACAAGCAAGAGACGGAAGGUGAAAAGAAAAGUGAUCAAGAAACACACGUGUGUAUCAUGGGUCAAGCAAGAGAUGCGAGAGAGGUCCAGCUUGAUUUUCUUAAUGAUCGAUUGAAUCAAAUUAAUCAAGAGAUUGCGCACCAAACAAAAUUAUUAGCCGAAAUUGAAGAAAAAAGAAUCAACGAAGAUCAAGACUUACAAGAUGAAGUAAGCGUUAUUCAGGAAGCCAUAAAAAGCCUUUCAAAGAAGCGUAGACAUGUUCAGGAUUAUGUGAAUCAACUGGAGGGAAAUUCAUCAAAUACUAAUAAUUAUAAAUUAGAUAGUGAUUUUAAUGAACACGAAAAUGAUGAUAUCGAAUUUAAUUCUCCUUUGAGAGCAGAUUUGCAUGGACAUUUCGGAAACUGUUUUGUUAUUCAUAAUGCGAAAACAAUCUGGAAUAAUUCUCUGCGUAAUUUAAUCUAUAAAUUAUGGGAUCUUGUAGAACGACAUCAAGGUCUUACCUAUUACAUGUCAAUGAGCGCCGUAAAGUUUAUUCGAGAUAUGCAAAAGAAUAUUCGUCAGGGAAUGGAAAGAGAAGAAUAUGAAAAAUCUCUACAAGAAGAUUCAGAUCCAAUUGAUGCCAACUAUUAUAAUUUUGAUGCUCAUAUGGCUGCAGAAAUGUUACGAAAACUGGUUGGAGAAAAGAAUAUUAAUUUUGUCGUACCUAAUGAAACGAUUACAAAACAAGGUAAUGAUGAAGACAGUUUCAAAAAUAGUCAUGAUGAUAUACCUAUAGGUUAUUCAUUAUGGAAAAAAUAUAUAGUUCAACUUAUGAAUUCACAAAUUAAUUUCCAAAGUGAUAAAAAUCCUAAUGACAGUAUUGUAAUGUGUGUCGAACGAACCCAAUUAAAAACAUUUUCCAUAGUAGAAAAUUGGUCAGAAGGAGAUUUCAUCAAUGAAGUAGUUAAGACUAGAACUUUCUUUGGUUUGGAUAACGCACAAUUCUUUACAAGUUCAAAGGACGACUUUAGUAGUGAUUUUUCAAGAAUUUUAUCUGCUAAUAAUUAUGGAUCAAAAGGCAAUGAGAAUUGGCCCGUCUGGGUACCAAUUGAAGCACUUUUAUCAAGGAGAAAUUGCUUACCAUUUCAAAGAAUUGUUAAACGUACCUCUGCUAGAAUGCAAUAUGAUAAAUUCAAUAAUCUUCGUAUAAAAGGUAGUGAUCUUAAAAAAGAUGAUUCAAACCAAGACUCUGAGAAAACCGGACUUGAGGAUUUAGAUAAAGAUGAUUUUGACAAGAGAAUAGAUCUUUGGUAUAUUGAUUUUCCGAACAUCAAGUUGUCUGCGACAUCAGAUCAAUAUUGUACUUUAUUUGAUGUUGUCACAGAUCUACUUAUGUAUCGUGAACCUGCUAAAAAGGAAAGAUCAGAACAAUUAAAUGCUAUUUUGCUUGCUGCUGAUUUGAAUAAUCUUGAUGGUGCAGCUGAGAGAGUAAUGGCGUUGCAAGAGAAAAUUCGUAAAUUUGAAUAUAUUAGACAUCAAUUUGAAUUCCUUCCGGAGAAUCUUGAUGAAAAUUUACUUGAUGAAUUUCGAAUAAUUGAUGUUGAACUUAUUAGUGCGCAAGAAGAAUUAUGUUUAUUAAUGGAAGCAAUUACAUUAUCACAAGAUCAAAACCAAAAGGCAGAAAGUAAGAUACCACUUAAAUUUGUAGUAACUGCCGAUGAAGUUACAUGGACUAUGCAGGAUAGUAACAAAAACCCAUUCUGUGAAUGGGCAUUGAGCAACGCACAUUUUGUUUGGAUGACAAAAGAAGGGAAUUCAAAUUUGAACAUUUUAGAGGUAGAUCAUGUACUUGUGGAAAACAAACUUCCUUCACCUUUUUAUGAAGAAUUAAUAUGUCCGUAUAUCACAGACUCACGACGUCCAGUGGACUUUAGUCGUCACAAAAUGAUACGUGUUUAUUGGAGUAUGAUGGAACCAGUGGCAGGAAUUGAUAUUGUGGACCAUCUUGAAGUUAAUAUGUUCCCUAUUAAGUUUCAGAUGCAAUAUGAUGUUAAUAAAUUGAUAAUGAUGUAUAUAUUUCCCGAGAAAAGGAAAUCUUAUAUUAAUACUGAAGCUAACGAGGAAACUGUAGAAAAUAAUCGUAAUAAUCGAAGUCCCAUUAAAAGAACAUCGAUUGAAUCAUCAGAGCAAAUUAACAAGAUACCCAAAAGUUCGAUUGAAGAUGAAACCAUUAAUGAAUCUCAAGAAAAUGCCAGUGAAGUAGAUACCGUAGAGGGAUCAAGUUUCUCGGCAAAGAAAUCACUUUCAAAACAAUUUAAUGAAGAUAAAUCAUAUGAAUUGGAGUUGAUGAAGACAAGAGCAUCUCAGAAUCGAACAUUUGUUUAUAUAAAAGUCCCAACAAAAGAAAAAAAUUUAGAAGAUCUUUAUGAUUUUGUAAUUCGUAUGCCUGUAUUAGAAUACCGUAACAAAACUUGGUCAUGGUUAGACUUUUUAGAACAGUUGAAGAAAGAUGCCCUUCGUACAAUCCUUUUCCAUUCCCCUGCUUUAUUGAAAGAGAAACUGACUGGUCAAAGACGUGUUCGACCAGCAAUAUCUACAAAUGAAGACAUAAUAAAUUCAUCAGAUCCGAUAAGCCCAAAUUCAGUAUCAAAUUCUCCAAUAUCACCAAUAUCACCAAUAUCAAUAACAACAACUAAUAGAUCAAUAAAUGAAUUGUCAGAUGAUAAAAUGAAUGAUUCCGAUAUUUUAGAUAAAGCAUUGAUCGAUAGUGACAAAAUGAAAGAAAAACAGAGAAGAUCAGGGAAAAAUUCAAGUUUAGGAGAGAUAAAUGUUUAUUCUCACCAAGAUAACAAUGAUAUAGCUUUAUCAUCGAUCAAUUCAUCAUCAGAACAAAUAAAUAGUGAAAUAGAGCAAAAAAAGAAAUUAUUAUUAGGCAGAUUAUAUAAUGAAACCAGAACUCAACAUUUUUAA